UCGUAUUUUUUUUCCUUUUCUUUUCCCCAAUUCUCCAUAGCUACCAAAGCAUGGUUGCUCUUGGCGAUGGUUAUUCAGAACAAACCAGACCAACACCACGUGUCUUGCCGAUGUGUCUAUGCAGUCUUAUACGCAUCAGUAAUAAUUGCGAGCCGUCAAUUCAAUUAUGACUUACGGUGAAUUUUUUUCGUGGUUUUCUAGGUAGUGAAUAACCAAAAGUAGUUUUUCACUCCGUUCUUCUGGGGGCUUCCUAGGACUGGGCAGCUUGCCCAAGGCUACACAGGCUGGCCCUUCUCCCUGGAGGCACGGUGGGGAAUCGAACACCCAACCUCUGGCUCCGCAGUCAGAUAACCUAACUCACGCAACCAUCCAUCCAGCUUAUACACGUUAGUUUGCCACAUAAAGAGGGGCGUGUGUGUUUUAUGGGGGAGGGGUGAAUAAGUGGGGAUGUGGCGAAUUUUAAAGGAGUGAUAGUUUCCAAGGUUUUAGAGAAACUGCUGUAUAUUAGGCAAGAUGAACUUGUGGAGUUAUUUAUUGCAAGGAAUUCUUGUCUAAAGGUGUUCUUUUUCACAGAAAAACAAGUGAGACAUAAAUGAUAAAGGGUAAUAUAUGGGUUGAACAAGCUUCUCAUGCUGCCAGUUCAGUGCACAUGGAAAAUAACUAAAUCAAGCAUAUGCCUUGUCUACCACAUUGGUACAUUUUCACUUUCAACCUAGAUAGAGCGGAGCUUUUACAGUUUUUGGCCAUGUAGCAGGACAGCCACAUUCUGCAUGCAUAGGGAUCACAAACUGGUAUCUCAUCAGAUAGCUGCAGACUGCAGAUACGUGUCUUCACGAGGCCAAGAGCUACCAUAUGGGACCUUUGAUGAUUCCAGGAUAUGGAGAACGCAAAGCAAUUGUGAAAAGUCUUCCUGCGGUCUGAGAUCAAGCUGGAUGGAGCAUGCAUCCCCAUAAAGCAGGAUGUCCCUUAACGGUUGGAAACAGGCAGGGACAGUAAUCAACCAGCUUAACUUGUGCUUUCCAUGUCCCAUGUGUUUCUUCACAGGCUACUGCACAAGCUGCCAAAUCAGAAAGAACAAUUGUGGUCUGUGGCAUUCCAGAUGGCCUUCUCAAUGAUGAUAUAAUGGCUGACAUACUAAUGAUUCAUUUUCAAAAAGCAAAGAACAAAGGUGGUGAUGUGGAGGACGUUGCCUAUCCGACAGCAACCAAAGGAGUGGCAUACGUAACAUUUGAAGAUAAACGAGAAGAAAAUUUGAAUCUCUCCUCAGUUGCAGAGAACGUCCUUCAGAAAGGUGAACACAGACUAGAGGACAAGAGACUGUAUAAGGGCUAUCCCUUGAAAGUGUCACCCUGUGGACAGAGUGUUUUUAGCUGUGUAACAUGCAUCCUCAAUUUGUCUAUUCUUGGAGAAAAACACAACUUGGAAGACCUGGUGGAAGAACUGAAGAAGAACCUUCCAGAUUUGAGCUUUGGCCCAUUUCUUCCUGGUGGGCACAUACAUGUUCAGGGGCCAUUUUCAGCUGUCUGCACCCUCCAGAAUAAGCUUGUGUUAAAAGCCAAACACUCUGUUUCGGAACAAAAUGACAGGAAAAAAGAAAGGGUACCAAGUCCCAGGCCAAACGUGAGGCCAGGAAGGAGUGGAUUUUCAUCAGAGCCGAGAGAAAACUUUAUUUCGGAUACAAGCGAGGAGAUCCUAACAGUUGUCGUUGAUACAGACAUAUAUCACUACAUGAAAACAUUCAAAAAUAAGCUAUAUCAGAGGGCUCUAGAAAAAUAUUGUGUGAAUACUUCUACAUCAACAGAUGGUGACGUUACCACCAUAUAUCUUUAUAGGGACAGCACCAAGAAAGGUCCAAGCCCGGUAGAAGACGCCAAAAACACAAUGGAAAGUUUAUUCGCAGAACUGCAUGGCUCAUUACGCAAAGAAAGAUUGUCUCAGAAAGGGUUAACAAGAAUUGAGAAAAGAGAAUACGAGUGGGCUUGUGAGGUUGUUGGUGUCUUGUUUCCAAAAGUUCUGAUUGUACCAUAUUCAACUCACAUAGACAUUAUAGGAUUCUCCUCAGACAUUUACGAGUUUUCACGGCAAGUGAAUAAAAUGGCAGGGAAUUCCCAUAAAGAGCCUCAGAAAUAGUUGGCAGCUAAUUUGAUACGUUAAUGAUAGUCUUCUGUUGUGCUGUCUGUCCAUAAUAUGGGUCAGUUCCUGUUUGCUUUACCUUGUUGGCUCACAGGAACUGGAAAAGUAAUGGGCAAGUACAGUUGCGAAGAUGGGAAGACGUGUGGAGAUUUUUGGUGGAAUUACUAGAAUGACUUGUGUGAGCUCAAACACUGACAGGUGAAUGAACACCAGCCAACCAAUGGAUAUCAUGAAAGUGGUACAGCUUGGCACGACAAAACUAAGUUGAAAACUGAUUGUGCCCAGUUGUACUUCUGCUUCUGAACAUCAGCAUUUUUUAGAAAGCAAAGUUAAAUGUGUAGUAACUUUGUUCCACUAAAGCCCCAGCCCUGUAUUCUCAGCAUGUUGUUCAGUUUCAAGUUUUCUGGUGCUGAUUACUUCCAUGAGCUAUUUGUACACAAGAUGAUAUCUGUAUAAGAAGUGUAGACAGCUAAAGACUAUUUUUCUUAGUAUUUAUAUUUUAUUAAAAAUUGAUUUCAAGUACCUUUCUCCUAUAUGUAGCUUGGUUUCACAGUAUUAAAGGUCUUUUUAUACCCAG